AUGACUAUUAUGUCAGAUAUUAUCGCACAAAGAACAAUCUUGCUAAUCGCGGAUUUUUCAUCGAUUAUUGGAUGUUCUUUGGUUUUAAUUGGAUUUUGGAGGUUAAAACUUUUACGUAAUCACAUUACAAAAAUUAUAUCAUUAUUUUGCGCAACUUCUCUAUUUAAAGAUGUAAUAUCAACAAUUAUCACAUUACUGUAUAAACCCGACCAAACAGAAUCUGGUUUUCCUUGUUAUCUUCAUGCAAUAGUAAUUACUUUUGGUUCAUUAGCAUGUUGGCUUUGGACUCUUAUGUUAUCAUUUAGUAUUUAUAAUUUAAUAGUAAGAAGAGAACCAGAACCAGAAAGAUUUGAAAAAUUUUAUUUUUGUCUUUGUUAUGGAUUACCAUUGAUUAGUACGAUUGUUAUGUUAUCAACACAUAUUAUUCAACCAGUUGGUGGUUGGUGUUGGAUUGGUGAUAACUAUGAUGGGUAUAGAUUUGGAUUAUUUUAUGGGCCAUUCUUUUUCAUUUGGGGAACAUCAGCAAUUUUGGUUGGAUUAACAUCGAAAUAUACAUACUCUGUAAUACGUAGUAGUGUAUCUGAUAAUAAGGAUAAACAUAUGACCUAUCAAUUUAAAUUGAUAAAUUAUAUCGUUGUAUUUUUGGUUUGUUGGGUAUUUGCAAUCGUUAAUCGUAUUCUAAAUGGUUUAAAUCAAUUUCCAACGGUUCCAAAUGUUUUACACACCUAUUUCAGUGUUUCCCACGGUUUCUAUGCUUCCAUCACUUUUAUUUACAAUAAUCCAUUGAUGUGGCGUUACUUUGGUGCAAAAUUCUUAUUGAUCUUUAGUAAAUUUGGUUUAUUUGUUCAAGCUCAACAACGUUUGGAAUUAAAUAAAAAUAAUAAUAAUCCAUCACCAAUUAUGAGAUCAAAGAAUGCUCUAGAUAAUGGUGCCGACUCUUCGGUUGUAGAAUUACCUUGUCUCUCAAAAGCUGAUUCUUUAUCACUUGAUGCUGAAAAUAAUAUUGAAACUCCAAAAGAAAAUGAAAAUCAAAAUCAUCAUCAUCAUCAUCAUCAUCAUCAUCAUCAUAAUCAUUAUAAUAAUAAUAAUAACAAUAAUAAUAUAAAUAAUAAAAAUGAUAUGAUUUAA